AUGGAGUUUGCCCUUUCGCAAGCCAAAAAGACCUGCCCCUUUUUGCACGUCGCCUCAACCUCGUCUCUUCGUAGACUUUCAACCUUGCCUGCAGGCGCACAGAAGAGCAAUGCUCUGCUCAACAAGGCUCAACAAUGCCCCGUCAUGAGCAAGGCCAUGGAAGCCCAGGCUACUACUACUACUACUACUGCUACUACCUCAACAACUCAGCAACAGACUCGCACCUUUUCGACAUCGCGUGCAUCUUUGCAAAAGCCGACGCCUUCGGUCAAGGCCAAGGCUGUGGAGAACACCGACGCCAACAACGUCGCUAAGGAAAAGCCAGUCGCCUUCAACUCAAAGUCCAAGCACUUUGACUACGAAGGAUACUACGAACACGAACUCAGCAAAAAGCACAAGGACAAGAGCUAUCGCUACUUCAACAACAUCAACCGCUUGGCGCAGAAGUUCCCUCGCGCACACACGGCUCGUGUUGAGGAUGAAGUGACGGUGUGGUGUGCCAACGAUUAUCUGGGCAUGGGAAGAAGCCCUGUCUUGACCGAAACGAUGAAACGUACGUUGGAUCGCUACGGUGCUGGUGCCGGUGGCACGCGCAACAUUGCCGGCAACGCCGAUCUCCACCUUCGACUUGAAUCCGAGUUGGCGGAUCUACACCACAAGGAGGGCGCACUCGUGUUCUCAUCGUGCUACGUGGCAAAUGAUGCCACUCUCGCAACACUCGCCAGCAAGCUUCCUGGCUGCGUCAUUUUCUCAGACCAACUGAACCAUGCUUCGAUGAUUCAGGGUAUGCGCCACUCUGGUGCCCAAAAGAAGAUUUUCCGCCACAACGACAUGGCCCAUCUGGAAGAAUUACUGCAGUCUGUCGACCCUGCCACCCCCAAGAUCAUCGCCUUUGAGUCUGUCUACUCAAUGUGCGGCUCUAUUGGACCCAUCCACGACAUUGUCGCCUUGGCUAAAAAGUACGGUGCCAUCACAUUUUUGGACGAAGUGCAUGCAGUCGGCAUGUACGGCCCGCGCGGUGCAGGCGUUGCCGAGCAUCUUGAUUAUGACCUGAACGCUGCGCAUCCUACCAUGGGCAAUGGCUCCAUUGUCGAUGAAAUUGACAUCAUCACGGGCACUCUCGGCAAGGCCUACGGUGUCGUCGGUGGCUACAUUGCUGCCUCUGCCUCGCUCGUCGACAUGAUCCGCUCCUAUGCCCCUGGCUUCAUCUUUACUACUUCGCUUCCCCCUGCUGUCGUCUCUGGCGCCAUGCAGUCGGUCAAAUACUUGAAGGUCUCGAACUCUGAACGCCAGAUGCAGCAGAUCAACACGCGCGUCGUCAAGUCCCGCUUAGCUGAAUUGGGCAUCCCCGUCGUCCCCAACCCUUCGCACAUCGUGCCUGUCCUCUUGGGUGAUGCCGCUUCGGCCAAGCUGGCCUCUGACGAGCUCUUGUCGGAACACGGCAUCUACGUCCAAAGCAUCAACUAUCCUACGGUGCCUGUCGGUGAGGAACGUCUCCGUAUCACCCCCACGCCUGGUCACAACUCUGAAAUGAUUGAUCACCUCGUCCAUUCCUUGGAGACUAUCUGGAACCGCUAUGGUUUCCGUCGUGUCAACGACUGGGCUGCUGAAGGUGGUCGCGCUGGUGUCGGCAUGGCUCAGCCUGCUCAAGUCCAACCCCUCUGGACCAACGGCCAGCUUGGUUUAGAUAAGGUUAUUGAAUCCAAAGCUGUUAAGCAGCAGUCCUCGUCCACCGUUGCCUAA